ACAGGAGCAAAAGGAGAGGAGCCAGCCAUGAAGUUCCUUAAACUCCUACUAAUCUUGUGUCUCUUCCAAUUCCAUCAACUCGGCUCUCUGGCAAUUCAACAGCCCGAGUCGUCGCCGGCUCCCUUGGCAUGGCCGGAGCAAUUCCACAUGCUUCUGUAUAUGAACUUGAGCUCAGGCCAUCUACAGAUCACCGAUCUCUGGUACGAUUGGCCUAAGGGCAGGAACGUGAACAUAAUGCAGAAGCAGCUAGGGGAGCUACAGUAUGAUGUGGAGUGGGAUAACGGGACCUCCUUCUAUUAUACGCUGGGUGCGAACAGUGCUUGUAGGACAAUGUAUUUCGAGGUGGGUAUUCCUCGGCCGGAUUGGUUAGAUGGAGCGAAUUACCUUGGAAGGGAUUACACUGAUGGGUUCCUCUGCAAUGUUUGGGAGAAGGUUGAUUUCAUUUGGUACUACGAAGAUGUCGUCACCAAGUUCCCCAUCAGAUGGGAUUUCUCUGACGGAAUAUCCACUCACGUGAUGACAUAUGAAGUAGGGGCAGUGCUGGAAGACACACAAGUGCAGGCACCAGUGUCUUGUUUCCAGGAAGAAGGGAAAGAGUUCCUCGGCUCAACAUUUGAGCCACCUCUACAGAAGGGCUUCUUGAGGCACGUUUAGAGGAGUCUCGUUUGAGAUCCUCA